AUGUCCAACGUCGACGACACCGUGGCCAAGGUGCAGCAGAAGAUUGACAGGGAACGCGCCCUGAUCAACGCUGCAAAUGCCAUGCGCCAGUCCACCAACAAUCCCGCCGUGCUCUCGCGACUCGACGGGCAGAUCAAGGAUGGCCGCCGGAACAUCGACUACUUUGAGUCGAAGCUGCGGGACCUGGAGGUGCAGCGGACAACCUCAGGCUUGGACAACAUGAGCCUGCAAUCGGGCUCGCGGAACACCAACAAUCCAUUGACGCCUCCGCCAAAAGAUGGGUGGGGCGGCGGAUACGUGCAGGAGCAGAGUGGCUUCACCUCGCCUCAGGGUCCGAACAACAACCUCAGCGGUGGAAACGUCCUCAUGCCUCCUCGCGCGCCAUAUGCCCCGCCGGCACCAGGCGCGCCCAACAAGCGCCCCAACUACAGCAAGCUCGACCUCAUCAAAUACGACACGCCGCAUCUGGGCCCCCGCAUCCAGCUGAUGCUGUCACAGCUCGAGUUCAAGCUAAGUGUGGAGAAGCAGUACAAGGAUGGAAUCGAGAAGAUGGUCCGCCUCUACCAGAUGGAGGGCGAUCGCAAGAGCAAGCAAGACGCCGAGGCCAAGCGCAUCGAGAGUAACCAGAAGAUCCAGCUGCUCAAGCACUCAUUGAAGCGUUACGAGGAUCUGCAUGUAGACAUUGAGGGCGAGGGCGACGACAGUGAGUCUCAUACCUCAGACACCUCGUGCAUGUAUGCUGACACGCCUGCAGACGACAGCCUGAACAUUCCCAGUCAAAGAAAGCCAUUGAGUGGACAUCUUUCUUUACGCGUCCGGGAAGUUGCCGACGUCGACCACGCAGCUACCGGUCGCUUCAGCCGUGGUCCAGAGACAUUUGUUAAUAUCAAGGUCGAAGACGCGAUCAAGGGCCGCACAAAGCCGACCAGGAACGACAAAUGGCUGGACGAGGUGCACGAGUUCAGCAUUGACAAAGCGAACGAAAUUGAAAUCACCGUCUACGACAAGACCGGAGACAGUUUACUUCCAAUUGGAAUGCUCUGGGUUCGCAUAUCGGACAUUGUCGAGGAAAUGCGCCGGAAAAAGAUCGAAUCCGAGCUACAGAACUCAGGAUGGGUCUCGGCCGACAUGAUGGGAGGAGGCGCCGGAGGCAUCCAGCCCGAUAUGCAAUUCCAACCGCCUCCUGGCUCAAACAACUUCGGUCCUGGAGGCGCGCCCCCUGGUGGGAUGCGUCCAGCGCAAGGCCAGGGAGGCGCGCAGCCUCAAACUGGACCCGUGAUGGUUGACGACUGGUUCUCACUCGAACCUGUUGGUCGCAUCCAUCUGACCAUGUCUUUUGCCAAGCAAACAGCCAACAAGCAGCCAUUCGACGUCGGACUGGGCCGUAAAGGCGCCGUUCGUCAGCGCAAGGAAGAAGUAGUUGAACAGUACGGCCACAAGUUCGUGCAACAGCAGUUCUACAACGUCAUGCGUUGUGCACUAUGUGCCGAGUUCCUCAAGUACGCUGCCGGAAUGCAGUGUUCAGACUGCAACUACACUUGUCACAAAAAGUGUUAUCCAAAAGUGGUCACCAAGUGUAUCACGCAGUCAAACGCCGAGACAGACCCGGAUGAGGCAAAGCUCAAUCAUCGCAUUCCGCAUCGUUUUGAAAAUUUCUCGAACAUGGGAGCCAAUUGGUGCUGUCACUGUGGCUAUAUUCUUCCGCUCGGUCGCAAACAGACCAAAAAGUGUACAGGCGCAGCCAUGGCCUCAACCAUGGCCGGAAGAACGUUGAGGCCACAGCCGGCAACGAAGCCGCUGCCUGCGACACAGCAGCAGUUCGCGCCCCCACCGGGUCAAGACGACCCGAACAGAUAUUCUUAUGGAAAAGACCAACCAUCAUCUCCACCUGCAGGACCGCCACGGCAGCCUUCGUACAACGCUGCCUCGGUCGAUGCCGCACGCAAAUCUGUUGGAUCGUCGAGUGGCACACCCACGCCAACCUCUCCUACUUCGCAACAGCGACCUCAACCAGAUCGAGCACAAUCCUCUGUUGCGGCUGCUAACGCCGCUAGGGCAGCGAUGGACAAGAGCUCCGCUGCUGCUCCUGCAUAUGGCCGAACUCAGUCAGACAACUACAUGGCACAAAGCGGAAGGACUUCAGGAGGUUAUCCACAAGAUCAGCGCGUACCACAGCAACCACAGCAGCCACCUCCGCCGCAGCAUGUGCCUUACGAUCCUUCAGCUUUCGCCAAUUUCCCAAGCCACCCGGGAGCCCAACAACCAAGUGCACCCUAUGCGCAAUCGAAGCCUUCCUUUCCUCACCCACAACCACCACAACAGGCUCAGCCCCAGCAACAACCGCCUGUUCAGCCACAAUCGCCAACGCAACAGAUAGCAAAACCACAGACGAUACCUACCGAGGCACCGAAGAACAAGGUGACACCAUCGGCGAACACACAAGGUACUGGAAGAAGAAUUGGGCUCGACCAUUUCAACUUCCUCGCGGUCCUUGGAAAGGGUAACUUCGGAAAGGUUAUGCUUGCAGAGACCAAGAGCACCAAGCAAUUAUACGCCAUUAAAGUGCUGAAGAAGGAGUUCAUCAUCGAAAACGACGAAGUCGAGAGUGUACGAUCCGAGAAGCGCGUCUUGUUGAUAGCAAACAAGGAGAGGCACCCCUUCCUGGUCAAUCUGCACGCUUGUUUCCAAACAGAAACCCGAGUGUAUUUUGUCAUGGAGUACAUCAGUGGUGGUGAUUUGAUGUUGCAUAUUCAAAGGGGCACAUUCGGCACCAAGCGCGCUCAAUUCUACGCAGCCGAGGUUUGCUUGGCUUUGAAGUACUUUCACGAGAAUGGUGUCAUCUACAGAGAUUUGAAGCUCGACAACAUUCUGCUCACUCUUGAUGGCCACAUCAAGAUUGCCGAUUACGGUCUAUGUAAAGAAGAGAUGUGGUAUGGGUCCACUACUAGCACAUUCUGCGGUACACCUGAAUUCAUGGCACCUGAGAUUCUGUUAGACAAGAAAUACGGCCGCGCAGUUGAUUGGUGGGCCUUUGGUGUCCUAAUUUACCAAAUGCUUCUCCAGCAAUCUCCCUUCCGCGGAGAAGACGAGGACGAAAUCUACGACGCCAUUCUCGCCGACGAACCCCUCUACCCAAUCCACAUGCCGCGCGACUCCGUUUCCAUCCUCCAAAAACUGCUCACCCGCGAGCCCGAGAUGCGCCUCGGUUCAGGCCCCACGGAUGCGCAGGAAAUCAUGUCCCACGCUUUCUUCAGGAACAUCAACUGGGACGACAUUUACCAUAAGAGGGUGCCGGCGCCGUUCAUCCCGACGAUUACGAGCGCGACUGAUACCAGCAAUUUCGACACGGAGUUUACCAGUGUUACGCCGGUGCUUACGCCGGUACAGAGUGUGCUCAGCCAGGCUAUGCAGGAGGAGUUCCGUGGGUUCUCGUACUCUGCAGACUUCACCUAGGUGUUGUUUACACGUUGAAUACUCUUGCUUCCAAAACGCCAUCACUCUGAUCAGCCUUGAGUACGCGGUUGCUUGAAGGUAUUUCCACGCAAAAUUCCAGAAUGCCACGGUUCUCAAUU